CCAACUCCCCAUGUCUGUCUCCCUGUUGCUGCUUCAGGAUGCAGAGAUCCGCAACAAUGCAGCCAGCUACCUCCCCCAGAUCAGCCAGCUCCUCAACCAUGUGCCUCGCCAGAUGCUGCUCAUCUUCAAGACCAACGACCUGCUCCGUGGCAUUGAGGUCGCCCUGGGCACCCGUGCCAGGGCCAGCUCCUUCCUCAGCAUGUCACGUUGCUGCAUCAGAGCGCUGGCCGCGCACAAGAAGAAGAACACCUGCUCGUUCUUCAGAAGGACCCAGAUCUCUUUCAGAGAGGCCUUCAGCUUAUGGCAAAUCAACCUUCAUGAACUCAUUCUGUGUGUGAAGGAGUUGAGGUUGGCCACCUGGGUCUUGGCCCUGCUUCGCCGGCUGUUGCCCACUUCAUACUGAGCGGACUUGCUGUCCCCUUUCCCUUUCCAGGGUGACUCUGUGGUGGGCAAGUGGACUUUCCACUCCUCACUCUUUUGUCAUGUCCCCAGCCAGGUACCCUGUUUCUGUCACAUGGUAACCUGGAGCCCCACAGUCACUGUCCAUGGCAGAAUUACACUCCGCCUCCAGAAUCCCUCUCCUACACUGCAGGGCUUGUCUCAUAGGCUGUGCAAGCUGUCCUAUGCAAGAGGUUGCUCUCCUUAUCCAGGGAGACGGCAUAAACAGUCUGUUUCCCACUCCUGGUGGGCGCCACUGGGCUGGAUGUCCCCUCUGGUGGGUGCCACUGAGCUGCAGGUCCCCCUACUUCCGGUAAUCAUUCCUACUGUCAGGAUGGACCACGAAUCCCACUGACUUCCUACAUGAAUUUCUCCAUUUAACUUGUGGGAAGUUGGAUUUUGUUGGAAGAGAGCACAGUUUCUGAGUUGCACGGAGCAGCUUCCCUCUCCUUGCCCUGUCAUUCCCAGAGGUGUUGCACCUGAGCAAGGUGACUUGGCAUCCGAGGCAUGAGUUCACGGCUGUCCUGGUGACCCCUUUGGUGUUUUAUGUACUGCAUUUCAAUAAAAACCCCUUCAGGGUCGCAGGGAAGGGCUUUGUUUGUGGGAUUUUUAUUCUAGAUUGGGAGUGAAUCCACACUGGCUGUUAGGUAAGAGUGGACCUGGAUGCCGUGGGCCACUGUGUUCUACUUGUCAUCUUGCCCCUGUCAUCCUUCCAGCCUUUCCCUGUGUGACCACUUCCUGCCCCUUGUAGGUGUUUCUUCCUUUCCAAGACUCUGAGACUGUGGUUGGAGGAGUUAAGAAGCCCAAGGCCAGGAACUCAGAGGCUCUGCUGAAGCCUCUGACUUGGGUUUCCCUGCGUUCUCACCACGUUCCCUGUGAGUGGGCACCUGCUUUGUUCUACUCAUUGCUUCCUGACUUAGCCCUUUGGUUCGUCAUUUGAUGCCCGUCCUGGAGACUGUAGUGUAAGCCUCAGCCACUGUGGCUAGGGUUCCACUCUGAAACCUCCCUGUCACCUAUCUGGACUCCAUGUUUCCACCUCUUGCCCACCUGCCAGAGUUGCCCUGCCCCCACUCAGUCAUCCGCUCCUGUUUCUGGGACCUCCCCGAACUCCUGCUGUAACUCCAGGUCCAUUGGCAGGUCCUACUAUUCCUGUGCUCGCGGACGGUCAUUGUAUUUGAGUCUCUCUGAUCUUACUUCACCCCAUUCACAGGGGCAGGAAACUGCUAAAUUUGAGUCUCCUCUUCUCUUUAUUCAUAAUACAACAAGCAGAUUUUCCACUGACCAGAGAUUAUUUGCAAUCCCUUUAUUUCCUGAAAGAAUUAAUUGUUCUUAGUGACCAGUUGGAUGCACCCAGGGACCUGAGAGAAUAAUUUGCAAGAUCUGUUAUUAAUCAUGAGGAUGCAUGCUGCAUAUUACAUUUUAUGGUGUCUUUUAUAGCCACAGAAGUAAAUAUAAAUGUUCAAGGUAAUGGUUACUCGCUUUUCACUUUUAGUUUAAUGGUCGGCUUCCUGCUGUCCUGGGAUCUAAAACAUCAGCAUGUUGCCAGUGGGCCCAGCACCCAGGACAGUUAACCAGGGAGAGUAAAGAAUCUGGGAGAGUUUGGGGUUUAGGGCAACUUAAAAGUAGGAGGGAAGUUAGCUGAUGAUUUUUGAGUGCCUUUCUCGGGGAGAAACCAUGCUGGGCUCUUUGUAAAAAAGUUACAUCAUUGAAUUGUUCCAUCAGCUCUGUGAGGGGGAAGGUCAUGAGAGGGAAGGGUCAUCUCCAUAGAGAUAGGAAUCAAGGCUCAGGGAGGGUUAGUAAUUUUCCUGAAGUCACACAGCUGUUAAGUGGGGGCCCAUGCUUUAUUUUUUAUUCCUCAGUGCUGUAGAUCUACAUCACACUCGCUCUUUGGCCUGUCAGA